CAGGAGCGUUUCAACAUUGUUCUUCACGUCAACAAACAUGCAGACAGCCAGUUCAACAGUCAGACUCUCACCGGCCUCGGAUAUCAUUGAUGCACUGCAGAACAGUCUCACACGUUCACAAGCGAUCACGCCAGACCUCGAAACCACAUACCCUAGAUUUACCAACGACCCUAUCAUCGAGUCCAAAGAUCGGACUGUCAGCGCCAUCACCGAACGCCAGCAGCAGUUGGAUGCAGUUUUACACGAGUUCUUAGACCUGGAAACAGUCAUGGACUUCAAACUUCACCACCAACUUGUCGAAAAGAAGGACAAGAUCACCCAGUCCAUGAAUCUACCCAAGGAACUUGUAUCGACUCACUGGCGCUUGCCAACCGAAGUCCUAUCACAAAUUUUUGUUCACUGUCUCCCGGAAACCAGUCACUUUUCGCCCGCACCAAAGCUAGCUCCUGUGCUGUUGACCAGAAUAUGCCGACGGUGGAGGGACGUUGCUGUGGCUAUGCCCAGUUUAUGGUGCAGGCUGGAGCUGGAAGUCGAUCACAGUGACUGGCAACAACAAGCUUUCUGCUAUGACUCAUGGCUCAAGCGAUCCCAAGGACGCCCCCUCUCGUUUGCAUUCAAGUGCUACAUAGGUCAAUCGACCAAGUUACGAAGGCUUCUUCAACCUUAUAGGAACCAAAUCUCGUCUCUCUCUAUCCGGUCUUAUUGCGGCGUCGCCAUACCUGAACCUCUUCUAAUAAACCUCCCAGCACUUCAGGAGCUGGCUAUAACCAUACACAGUCAUGAUCGUAUAACAAAUAUUGCACACUCUAUCUCUACCUCCCAACUUCGGUUCACUCUGCGCAGUCUCAAGGUGAUAGGGUCAAUGCUCGGGCUCGAAACCUUAUCCUCUUUCAAUCCCAUAUGGACCCACCUGAAAAAUGUCGAGAUCGCCACGCGUCACGCGGAUGCAUUCAUCCAGUUGCUCCACCUAUGUCCUGAUCUCUCCUCGUUGACGAUUCACGCACAUUUCGACCAAAAACAGGCCGUAGAGCCAUUCACGCACAGCAAACUUCAAUCCCUACGUAUCAGUUUUAGCUCAGCGCCCACGAACCGUCUACAUGACUUGUUCAAUGCUCUAACACUCCCCAAUUUGCGCGUGCUUGAAGCUGGCUUUGCACGAGCUUGGCCUCAUGAAGAAUUCAAGGCACUCUUGACACGGUCAAACUGUCCACUGGAGAGCCUGAUAUUCAGCACUGGAGUAAUAACGACAGAUAAGCAGCGAACGGAAUACAUUGCCCUUAUUCCUUCCCUCGAAGUAGUAGUGAAUCCCAAGCGUUAUCAAUGCUUUAAUUUGCUCUAAUACUUCGAUAAUGAUAUUGAGCUUCGCUACGUACUCUGUAUUGAUAUCGAUAUCCUGCUACUUUCUGCCUUGCAAUAUUACUG